AUGUGCGCGCGCUUUCACCCCAUCCACACGGACAACUUCUACGCGGGCGGCGCCUGCGGGAACGUCUUCCAGUGCUCCGCCAAGGGCAGCCUGCGACGCUUCGCCAGCGAGCCGAAGAAUGAAGUCAACGCACUCGACCUGAACGUGGCGGGGGACGUGCUGGCAACGGGAGGCAAGGACGCCAACAUCCGGCUGUACGACCCAGUAACUGCGGUCCUGACGGGGGAGCUGUGUUGGCGCCUCGAGGACCACGUCCUGGAGCGGAUGCCCCACUUCCACAGGAUGCGCAUCUUCGCACUGCGCUUCCAUCCGCAGAGCCGAGACCUCUUCCUCUCUGCUGGAUGGGAUGACGUCGUCAAGGAGAUGACGGUGCUGACGGGGUCGUGGUCGGUGAGCGGCAGCCUGCAGCUGUGGGACCUGCGCUCGACGCACCUGCUGGAGACCGUGGUGCCCGUCAACCGGCCGCCUGCGCUGAACGGAGAGUUCCUGUACGCGGCACAGUUCUUCAGCGGCGACCCCUACGGCGACACAUUACUGUGCGGUGGCAGCGGACUCCCAGCCGUGGAGAUUGUCAGCGUCAAGCAGAGAAAGGUGCUUGGCAGUUUCCGCGUCCUAAAGGCAGUGCAAGCCAUCGACAGCUGUGGCACCAAGAUUGUGUACGGCGGCAUGGAGUCCGUUAUGCGCAUCGGCGCCUUCUCUUGA